UGCCACCUGUCAGUGUCCAUCAGUGCCAGCUGUCAGUGCUCAUCCAUGCCACCUGCCAGUGCCCAUCAGUGACACAUCAAUGCCACAUUUCAGUGCCUACCAGUGCACAUCAAUGCCACAUAUCAGUGCCCAUCUGAGCUGCCUUUCAGUGUCACCCAUCAGUGCCAGUCAGUGCCACUUAUCAAUGCCAUGCAAGUCACUGCCGCAUAUCAGUGCCAGUCAGUGCCGCCUAUCAGUGUGCAUCAGUGCCGCCUAUCAGUGCCUUGCUCAUCAAUGCUACCUAACAGUGCCAGUCAGUGCCGCCUAUCAGUGCCAGUCAGUGCCACCUAUC